UUUCUUUCAGCCAGAAACUGAAACUCCAACAAAAAGACCCAAAGAGUGUGUUUUUGCGCAUUCAUUCAUUUGGUGAUGUGCAACAAGAACAGUCCUUCUUCUUCGGACAUUCAAGCAACCUCUAUUAUGAAGAGGACGCGGAAGCCGAAUAGAAGGUAUCAUCAUAAUACCACUUCUUCCUCUUCCUCUUCUUCUUCUUCUUCUUCUUCUUCUUCUUCCUCCACGACGUCGUUUAAGCCGCACCGGCGCGGGAACAGAACCAAGACGCGGAAGCCCAAGUUUGUCAGCCUGCGGCUUCAGUUAUCCGAUCCUAAGAAAAAGAUGAAAACAACCCAGCCCAAGCCCAAGCCCAAGCCCAAGCCCAAGCCCAAGCCCAAGCCCAAGCCUAAGGCCCAACAACAAGAACAGCAGCAGCAACAGCCGCAGCUGAAUCUCUUCCCUCUCCAUCCGGACCACCAUGACAUGCACGAGGAGCAGAACGUGGCGCUUCUCUUUAGCUCCGAUGGUGGGGCCACACUCAACGGCCUACUGGAGGAGGAGACGACUACGACGGAGGAAGGGUCGAUGUCGGUGCUGACGUGUCCGGCGGAGGACACCGGGAACUGGCUGGUACGGAAGGCGAUGCGGCGGAGGGAGAGCGAGGAGGGGAGUGAAGAGCGGUGGGUGUGCUACUCGGAGGUGGUGGAGGAGAAGAAGGAGGCCAUGGAGGAGGUCACGAGUUAUUGCGUCACGGGGGAAACGAAGACGAAGACGAAGACGAAAACGCCGUCGUUUGGAUUGUUGUCGUUGAAGCUGGAUCACCAGGGGAUAUUGAAUGCAUGGUCUGAUAAAGGCUCUCUCUACGUCGCGGCGGAGGAGGAGGAGGAGGGGGGCCCACAGACUGUCCCUGACAUAUUCAAUGGUUUCCUUUUUCAUAAUCAGGUUGCAUGGGACGGGUUGGGGAGUGGUGGUGUUGUUGGGAAUGCAUGGAAUGUUCCUGAAAAUUGUGGGGCUAACAAGACUAAUGUGAAGGAAGAAAUGGGUUGGAAGUUGGGGCAGAGAGAGGCAAGUUUGCAGAGAUACAAGGAGAAGAGGCAAAGCAGGCUCUUCUAUAAGAAAAUCCGUUAUGAAGUUCGCAAGCUGAAUGCUGAGAAACGGCCCAGGAUGAAGGGACGAUUUGUGAAGAGGGAAUGACAAGUGUAGAAGGAUAGACACGGUUGAUAAUAAGAAUGUUGUCAUAUUACAGCGUUGGAAUAGAAGUUUUCGUGCCUUUGGUUUUGGGUAGUGCUGGGAAGCUUUUUCUUGAUGGAUACGAUAUAAUUAAUUAUGCAAUGUAAAAUCCCAGUGGUACAAAUAUGAACACCCCGGGAAAAUCUAUAUUCAGCUGCUGUGCGACACAACAUGUAAGGGGCAGUUUCUAGACCUUUGAUUGAAUGAGUUUGACAAAGUUUUCACAUGUGUUUUGAUCUCAAUCCAAGGCUUUAGAAACAGUCAAAAGCAUGUUGUACAAGUACAACUACCAAAAAAAUGUAUAGGUUGUUCUAAAGACUUGUACAAAUUCUCUCACAAAAUUUAAAUAUUUGGAACAUCAAACGAACUGGAAAUUGAAACAUUAGUCAGAUCGUCAACACUAGGGGAGUGAUCUCUAGGAGGAAGUGUUGUGUGACUACAACCUCCCACUGAUAUAUCUUGGCAUAAAAUGAAAUAAAAAUAAUGAGUGCAUGAAUGAAUAUUCUUUACUGUCA